UGACUCUAGACGCGGCUCGCCUCUGGGACAGCGGCUCAUUCAGUUUGACUUCAGGGCAGACGACAAGCUGAUCAACAGAUUCAGACAGAAGAUUAAGGAGAUCCAUACAAGACAAUCCAACCUGCAUUGAAGUGCACUGAAGUGAAGAAGUUGCAGUCAGCAGAUAUUUGAACAGUGCAUUUUGGGGUUUUCCCAAUGAAUUUGUCAAACAUUUAAAAAUAUGUUUCCAUCAUUACCCAUAUUGAGAAUACAUUGUGGUGGUGUGUUUUCCCUGGAUCAUGUGACCCUAAAUACACCCUAAGAGCGGAGAUGGGACCCCGGAGCUGUGGAUAGUCACACCUAUGCUGCCUCUCUCUGGACUGUGGUCUCUUAACCCAUGUUUGAAAUGGAUGGGAGGGCUGAGAGACUGUUUCAAACCACUGCACCUGUGGUUAACGUUGAGCCCUCCUCCUCCAGUAUAUUCCUAUUGGAAAGAUAAAUGCUUGAAAAUGGGACAUACAAAUUACAUCACAUGAAUUAUAUUUUGGACAUUUUUGAAACUUCCUUUACACAUUUUUCUGGGAAUUAUUAAGGAUUGUUUGUCCUGGUUAUUGGACUCUAGGGCACAUUUCAGGAACUGGAUACCUUUCGAUUUGGACGAUAAUUCGCCACUAAUAUAAAACUUUUUAGUUAUCUUAUUUGGGGUGGCAAUGGCGGCGGAUCACAGUGAACUGGUGGCAGAGAUGGCCACCAUCGGCCGCCUCAGUGCCACUGAGCGUCUGAAACAUGCGCAGAAGCGAAGAGCACAGCAGCUCAAAGCCUGGGCUCAGAUGGAGAAGGACGCUGUGAGGGGGUCAAGGGCCAAAGCCGAUAAGAAGAAGACACGGACCAUCAAAGUGACCUUUCCCCACUCGGUCACUCUGCUGGACGCAGCCGCACGAAAUGACGUACCAGAAGUGAGGGAGCUGCUUAAUAAAGGUGUCAGCCCAGAUCUAUUCAAUGAGGAUGGACUUACUGCCUUACACCAGUGCUGCAUAGAUGACUUUGUGGAGGUAGUGCAGUGCCUGUUGGACGCCGGCGCCUGUGUAAACGCCUGUGACAGUGAGCUGUGGACCCCGCUGCACGCUGCUGCCACCUGCGGUCACACGGGGCUGGUGCAGAUCCUCAUUCAGGCUGGAGCGGACCUUUUGGCUGUGAACGCAGAUGGGAACAUGCCCUAUGACCUCUGUGAAGACGAAGCCACACUGGAGCUGCUGGAGAUGGCUAUGGCUGAGCAGGGUAUUACUCAGGACCGUAUUGAUGAAUGCAGAGGGGCUAAAGAAAAGACCAUGUUGGCUGAUCUUAAAAACAUGAUUAAAAAUGGAGCAGAUUUAAAUGCCCAGGAUGAAAAUGGAACGACACUGCUUCACAUAGCAGCUGCCAACGGUUAUGUGUCUGUGGCCGAGCUGUUGCUGGAGCAAAAGGGGCAGCUUGAAGCAAAGGACACUGAUGGAUGGACGCCGCUACAUGCUGCCUCCUGCUGGGGACAAAUCCAAAUGGUGGAGUUACUAGUUGGAAAUGGGGCUGAUUUGAAUACCAAGUCUGCUCUGGAUGAAACGCCUCUGGACGUGUGUAUGGACGAGGAGGUCCGGGCCAAACUCAUGGACCUCAAACACAAACAUGAUGCCAUUAUGAAGAGCCAGGACAGACAGAAGGGCACUCUGCAGAGGAAGGCCUCCAGCACUGGGAGCAGGGGAAAAGUAGUGCGCCGAGUGAGUGUGAAUGAGCGCUCAAGUCUGUAUCGACGUGAGCACCACAAAGAAGCCAUGGUGUGGCAGGACCGCGGCCGACAGCUCGAGCCACAAGAUGAUGACGAGGACAGACAGACAGACAACGAGCUGCACCUGCACUCAAUGAUGGCCUGUGGAGCCACCUCACGUUUGGAGGAACUGGAGGCUGCAGACAGAAAGAUCAUAGCUGGACAAGAGAAUGGAGAGACUUCAGUUUCUUUGGCCUCCUCUGUGCCCGGAGAGCUGUGGACCGGGGGAGGACUUAUGGACCGCAGCGCCUCUUACCAGCUCAGCGCCCCCCCUGAAUCAGACGGAGGAGCCGCAGACGGCGAGGGGGUGGACAAUAUCAGCCGAGAGAGGUCGCACCACACGUUAGCCGACCUCAAACGCCAAAGAGCAGCGGCCAAGCUCGCCAAGUACCCUGCGCCUCAGCCCCCUCUACCCGCUCCACAGGAAGAACAGCCCACAACGCAACCAGGGGAAGGGUCAACUCAGCAACCCCAAGAAGAGAAUCCGGAGCCAGCUACCAUCGAUCAGGUAGCCCCCUCAAAUCCAGUGUACUUUACUCCUUCCAGUGGAGACCCCCCUCUACUUAAACUACGUGCCCCUGAAGAGGAACAGUCUAAGAACAAGGAGCCGUGCUGUGGACUCAUGUAGACUGAAACAUGUGUAUUUUCGGGCUGGUCUAGUAUGUUCCAAAGUGGCAUUGAUAUUGAUAGCCACAUGCCAAGUUAAGGUGGGAUCUACAUAAUAUUUCACUAAAACUAUACACAUUCACUUCAAUUCAUCAACUUAACAAAAAAAAAUAUGCCAUGUGUUUCAAUAUAGUAAUUUGAAAUCAAAGUGGUCCCUACAUACACGUUCAGUCUUAUAAAAAUGAAGAUAUGUGGGUUAAAUAUAAGUCGAUUACACUUUUUUGACAUGCUCCAGUAUUUAAUAAAAACAUUCUCACAUGCGUUAGUUCCAGGUUAUUAAUUGAUACAGUUCUCAAAGUUAUUUAUUUUCCUGACUGAUUUAUGUGACUUAUUUAUAUAAAAAUAAUGACUAAGGUUCUAUUUAAUGCGCAAAAAUGUUUGACUGUAAAUUAGCUUGAUAUGAUAUACCUGAUUUUGUUUAUGUAAUGGUUCAAAUUGUCUGCAUUUCAUUUUUGCAACAUGUCAGCAAAACAAUGUGAUGAAUUGUUUACAAAAAACGUGGCUCGAUUUCUCAGCCCAUAAACAGUUCUACUUAGUUCUAAUAUUUUUGUUUUUCAGAGAUAUUUUUACAUCACAAAGGACGAUACAAGAUGCCUAUAGGAUGCAAUAUUUAAAAGAGGAGUUUGUGCAGGCUUUGUAACUGUUAUAGUUUAGCUACUCUCAUGUUUGCCUGAGAAAACAAAUUAGGUUUAUCAAAGGUUAGUGCCUUUUGUGAAAUACUGUUCUGCGAUUCUUGCACUAUGUCCCAUAUGAGCAGUGGGAUGACACUCUCCACCAUGCCUGGACUCUGUAUACUCUCUGAUGCAUUUGAUUACUAUUUUUACGGAAUCCAGAUUAUGAGAAUUAUUUAAGAUAAAAGUUUUUUGUUUUCUGAGUAU